AUGACCGCGACAGCUAAAAUACUCACCACCAAUGAUCUGAUCUGUGAUGCCAUUGACGCAAUUGUCAUUAAGCCAAAAGGCGAAUUCAUUGCUGGUGGAACAACAUCAAUCGUUGAGAUUUUACCGUCAGGCGAUGUCACCAAGACACCGUGGAGGGGUAGCGUCCGCGAGAGCGAUUGCCAGAAGGAAAUCCUCAUUGAAGCCAAGAUAUAUAAGAAGCUCGGUGAUCAUCCCCGCCUGGUGAAGAUGAAGCACUGGGACCCCAACACCUUCACUUUGACUCUCGAAUAUAUGCCAAAUGGACACUGA